CAAUGCUGAUAGAUGGAGGGUCCGGAUUGGCAGGUGGGGUAGAGGUGUAAGAUAUGUCUGUACUGCGGCAUGCAGCAGAUUGAAGCAGAGCACAUUUGGAAAUUCGGAGCUCCUUCCGCCAGAACACAACGGAAUCCGAGUUCAAUUCCCUAGCCAACAAUGAUCCAUCAUCAUCUUCCUGUCAUCUUCUUCUGCUUUCAAUUCCCUAAAAGCCAAUACAGCUUGCAGCAGAAGGCGAAAUUUUAGUUGGUUUUCGAUGUUAUUUCACAUAGGAUUCUUAUCUUUUUGAUUUGGCGCUGCGAAGAGUAGGAGCAGGUCCAGAUCAAACUACGAAAAAUGAGCUUGUCUUCUUGGUUUCGACGGAGACUUUUGAGGCAAAUCGACCAGUUUACCGAAAGUUCGAUUCCCUUGCGGAAAUCCGAUGGAGAGAAGGAAGAGCAAUUCCAUGGAGUCACAGAGGGGUUGAUCGAAUUUGUUAAGUCCUUCACCAUUGAAACCUUCAAGAACUUUCCUCUUCAAGAUGAAGGGGAAGCACUUUGUGGUGAUCAAAAUCUCUCGGAUUGGCAGGAGCGACAUGCUGUUCUUGUGCUGUCUAAAGUCAAGGAAAUUUCCCAACUCAGAUAUAAGCUUUGCCCUGGACAUUUGAAGGAACACCAAUUCUGGAAAAUAUAUUUUGCCCUUGUCAAGAGCCUUGUGGUUGAAUAUGAACUGCGUGCAAUUCAACUUGAUAAACUUAGGAGGAUGGCUUUAGGGAAUGAGGGAUCUUCCAACUGCACUUCAUCAUAUGAAGUUGAAAUGGCAGAGACGAAUACUGCAUCACAUUUAGCUCCUGUAGGGCCACUAACUCCAUAAAACCAAAGCAUGCAUUUUGGUAUUUCAGGCUUAACAAGUUUAACUGUUGCCCAUACUCAUGAUCUGAUUUACUAGCUGAUGAAAUAUUGAACAUGGUUUGAUGCGUCCUUCUGAAUCAACCAAAAAGUAUCUUUAGAAUUCCAACUGUGGCUGUACAAACCCAAGUUACAAUAGAGACCAGAAAAUCGUGAUUGCAUGACUUUAAUACAGCUUUCCAAGAACAUUUAUAUGUGAUUGCAUGAGUUUAAUAUAGUUUUCCAAGAGUACUUAA